AUCUCUUCACAUGCUUGCAGGCUUGCUGAGCUUUCUGUUCUUUAAGAACACCUGCUCCAGUUCUUGAGGUCUGAUAGUCUGCGUCUGGGAGCGGCCGGUCUAGGACUCCUGAGUCCCAGGGGUGAGUCCCCGUGCUGAAGGCUGGGAGAGUUCCCGUGAGAGCCGCGCCCGGGGGUGGGGGGCCUCUGGAGCCCAGCUUGGAUUCGCGUCUGACAGCUGUGAGCCGCGGGCGGGCUGAGGUAGCAGCGGAGGAACCUGCAGCCUGGUGCGGGGGGCGGGGAGGUCGCCGCCCCUGCUCUCGGAUCAGACCCAGGGCGGAGAAAGCAGGCGCGAGGGGUCUCAAGGAGCCCGCCUGCGACCGCCUCCAGCACCGUAGGCUCCCGCGGCCUCAGCUGCACGCCCCCACCCUCGGCUCGCGGCCCCGCAAAAGCGCGCGCCGGGGCUGCGGAGCGGCAGGAUGCAGGAGGAGCUGGCGUGGGGGACCCACGGCUUGCUUCCUCUGGAGAGGCAGCUCCAUGAAGCCGCUCGUGGGAACAACAUUGGGAGGAUGAAGGAGCUAAUCACCAGGAGAGUUAAUGUCCAGGCCAGAAACCACGUGGGCAGGGUGGCCCUGCACUGGGCCGCAGGCGCGGGGCACGAGCAGGCUGUGCGGCUGCUGCUGGAGCACGAGGCUGCUGUGGACGAUGAGGAUGCGUUUGGGAUGAACGCGCUUCUCCUGUCUGCCUGGUUCGGCCACUUACAGAUCCUUCAGAUCCUGGUCAACUCGGGAGCCAAGAUUCACUGUGAGAACAAGGACGGCCUGACCUUACUGCACUGCGCAGCCCAGAAGGGCCACGUGCCCGUGCUGGCGUUCAUAAUGGAGGACCUGGAAGACGUGGCCCUGGACCACACCGACAAGAUGGGGAGGACGGCGUUCCACCGGGCCGCUGAGCAUGGGCAGCUGGAUGCUCUGGACUUCCUUGUGGGCUCUGGCUGCGACCACAGUGUCAAAGACAAGGAGGGGAACACGGCCCUUCACCUGGCUGCCUCCCGGGGCCACGUAGCUGUGCUGCAGCGGCUUGUGGACAUCCGGCUGGACCUGGAGGAGCAGAACGUGGAGGGUCUGACUGCCCUGCACGCGGCUGCGGAAGGGAUCCACCCUGACUGUGUGCGGCUGCUCGUCGGGGCUGGGAGCAGUGUGAAUGCCCUCACCCAGAAAAAGCUGAGCUGCCUCCACUACGCGGCCCUUGGUGGCUCCGAGGACGUGGCCCGGGCCCUCAUCCAUGCAGGAGGCUGCACCAACGUGGCUGAUAAUCAGGGUGCUUCUCCCAUGCAUCUCGCUGUCAAGCACAACUUCCCCACCCUGGUCCGGCUCCUCAUCGACGCCCACAGUGAUCUGGAUGCCACCAACCAUAGGCAGCAGACACCCCUCCACCUUGCUGCUGAGCACGCCUGGCAGGACAUAGCGGAGAUGCUCCUUGUCGCCGGGGUUAACUUAGACCUGAGAGAUAAGCAAGGGAAAACCGCCCUGGAGGUAGCCGCCCGCAGCAAUCACGUCAGCCUAGUGGACAUGAUCAUAAAAGCCGAUCGCUUCUACAGAUGGGAGAAGGAUCGCCUCCCAUGCGGGGAUCCCAGUGACCCCUUUGGGAAGAGCCUGACCUUUAAGCAGGACCAUGGGCAGGAAACGCAGCAGCUCCGCUCUGUGCUGUGGCGACUGGCCUCCAGGUACCUGCGGCCCCACGAGUGGAAGAAGCUCGCGUACUCCUGGGAGUUCACCGAGGCCCACGUCCAGGCCAUUGAACAACAGUGGACAGGAGGCCCCGUGCUCGGACCCGUGCUCAGACCUGGCUAUGGCGAGGUGGGGGGUUUGCUCCUUCUCCCUCUUUCUCCACACAUCGUCCUCAGGCACCAAGAGCUACCGGGAGCACGGCCACCGGAUGCUGCUCAUCUGGCUGCACGGCGUGGGCACAGCCGGCGAGAACCCCAGCAAAGUGCUGUUCGAGGGCCUGGUGGCCAUUGGCAGGAGGGACCUGGCUGGAUUCUUGUCUUUUGCAGAAAGCAUCAGGAAGAAAGCAAAUGCAGACCCGAGUGCCUCCAGGAGGUGCACAACCAUGUAGCUGGAAGCGCCGGGACCACUCAAACAGGAGAUGACACCAUUUAAGGGCUUUUAAAAAAUCACGAACAGACCUCCAGCUACUUCUACUGAAACACAUAGCCAUGCAGCGGCCAGCAGGUGAAUGUUUCUGAUCUUUUUCACAAGCUUUGGUCCAGGGACCUGCAUUGGGUUUUCCAGGUAAUCCCUUCCCACGGGUAUGAUCCUUUGCAGCUGGAAGCUCAUUUUCACCUCCAUCAUCUCCACAGGGCUUCACAGCAGUCCCCUGAGCUGCACGGGGCAUUUUUACAGCAAGGACAUGGAGGCUCAGAAGGAUAAGCAGCUUGCCCAUGCCACACUGCUAAUCAGGUCGUGGGCCAGGUUCCAAGCCCAGCGUCCCUCUGGCCCUGUCCUGGUGAGAGGACUGCCCUUAACUGUUCACUGGCUUUUAUGAAAGCCAUGGUCAUUCCACAGCUGUUUUUAUCACAAACUUUUUUAUAUACUUGGACAGUUCCAGGAGGCAUGCGCUCUCCUUUUUUCCCCUCUUGUCUUACAAUUUUAAAAAGGUUUUUAACUUUCCAUUUUCAAAUAAUUUUAGACUUACAAAAGUUGUAGAAACAGGACAAAGAAUUUCCAAAUACCCUUUGCUCAGCUUCCCCAAAUGUUAACAUAUACACAGUAUAAUUUCAAAACCAGGAAAUUAACACUGACACAUUCUGGAAAAAGCAAAACUACAGAGUUAGUAAAAAGACCUGUGGCUACCAUGAGUUUGAAGGUG